UUUUGGAUGAACAAAACCCUCUUUCUCCCAAAACCCAAACCCUUGGCGGCUGUGUGAGCGUGUGCGAGACCCGCCCCUUGUCUCUCUCUCUCUCUACGAGGGUUCAUCCAUCUGUCUUCGUUCUCUAAAACCCCCCUAAAUACUAUUGGGUUUUAGGGUUUUACCCGUCUGAAGAAGAUCUAUCCACUAAUACCGGUCAUGGCUACCGUUGCUCCUCCUGCGGAUCAAGCUACAGAUUUACUACAGAAAUUGUCGUUAGAUUCUCAAACCAAGGCCUUGGAAAUUCCUGAGCCCACCAAGAAGCCUUCAUCCAAUCAAUAUGGGUCUGUUGAUUCUGCCAAUGCUACAAACGGUCAGAUCCCAUCAUUUGAGCGGUCUGUGACUCCAUUACUACCUGAUUUCAUGGAUCCAUCCGUGUGUUAUGUACCUAAUGGUUAUCCACCUGCUGCCUUUUUCUAUGGAAGCUAUGAUGGGACGGGUAAUGAGUGGGAUGACUACUCAAGAUAUCUGAAUCCUGAUGGAGUUGAGAUGACUUCUGGAGUUUAUGGGGAUAACGGGUCUCUUUUGUAUCACCAUGGUUAUGGAUAUGCACCAUAUGGUCCAUAUUCACCAGCAGGCUCACCAGUUCCAACUAUGGGUAAUGAUGGUCAGUUAUAUGGGCCUCAGCACUACCAGUAUCCAUUCUACCAGCCACUGAAUCCAACCAGUGGGCCUUACACUCCAACUCCAGCUGCCCCUCAAAAUGACAUUUCUACCUCUGCAGCUGCUGAUCAAAAGCCUUUGCCUGUGGAUGCAGCUAAUGGGAAUUCUAAUGGGGUUGCAAAUGGCGGUGCUGUCAAGGGAAAUUAUGCUCCCACUCCCUUAAAGCCAGCUCAUCAGAAUUCAUUUGUUUCUAGUCGUUCAUAUGGAUCUGGUGCUCUUUCAGGGCUUGGUCCCAACUCCAAUUAUCAGGAUGGAAGAUUUAGUUUUGAUGUGUUAAGGUCUCCCUUCCCAUGGUUAGAUGGUCCACUGCUUUCAGAUGGGCAUCAUCGACCUGUGACUAGCACGGCGAUCUCUUCUCCAAUUUCAAAUGGCAAUAAUCUUCCAUCUUCGAGGAAUCAGAACUUUCGUCCAAAUAGUAAUUAUAUUGGUUUGCACCAUCCAAGACCGAUGACUGGCAUGAAUGCAACUCCUGGGUUUAUGGGUAGGGCGUACCCGCCAAAGUUAUAUGGCCAGUAUGGAAAUUCUGUCAGAUCUGGCAUGGGAUUUGGUACUCAUGGAUAUGAUACACGAGCAAAUGGACGGCCAUGGUUGAUGUUUGAUGGUAAGCAGAAACCCAGGGGACGAUUUGGUUACGGUAAUGAGAACUCUGAUGGUUUGAAUGAAUUGAACAAAGGGCCUAGAUUUAAGGUUUCAAAAAACCACAAGACUUUUGCACCCAAUGCCUUGGCAACUAAGGUGCCGAAUGACCCAAUAAAUGCUACUAUUGAUGAGGAGAUGGAUAAGAUGAUUGUAGUUCCAGACCGUGAACAAUACAACAGACCAGAUUUCCCUGAGGAGUAUACUGAGGCAAAAUUUUUUGUCAUAAAGUCAUACAGUGAGGAUGAUGUCCAUAAGAGCAUCAAGUAUAGUGUUUGGGCCAGCACACAAAAUGGCAACAAGAAGCUUCAUGCAGCAUACCAGGAAGCUCAGGAUAAAUCUGGUGUUUGCCCUGUUUUUCUUUUCUUCUCGGUAAAUACCAGUGGGCAGUUUGUUGGCCUUGCGGAGAUGGUAGGAGCUGUUGAUUUUGAGAAGAGCGUGGAGUACUGGCAACAAGACAAGUGGAAUGGCUGCUUCCCUGUUAAGUGGCACAUUGUAAAGGAUGUUCCAAACAGUUUGUUAAAGCACAUCACCCUUGAGAACAACGAGAACAAACCUGUCACUAAUAGUAGGGACACUCAAGAGGUUAAGUUAGAGCCAGGACUAAAAAUGAUUAAAGUAUUCAAGGAGCAUUCCAGCAAAACAUGUAUUUUAGAUGAUUUUGCAUUUUAUGAGGCGCGCCAGAAGACAAUUCAAGAGAAGAAGGCUAAGCAACCGCAUUUUCCAAAACAGGUAUGGGAAGGAAAGCACUCUGAUGAGAGGAUAGAAAGGGCGAAUGGUGAGUUGAAAACCCAGAACUUGCUGGAGGCUGCCUCAGAUUUGAUCAAGGAGCCUAUCCCUUCUGAUGAGACUAAAGAGGAUCCAAAACUGUUGGGGAACGGUUCAGCUGUGGAGACAGGAGAUGUGCCUAACGGUGCUAAGCAGGGUAUGGUGCCAGAGAAUAGAAUUCUAGCCAAUGGUGUUGCAAAUGGUUGCUAGCCUCUGCCUUGCACAACGGUGGUCCAUGUGCACUGGGAUUUCUAACAAGGAAUUUUGCCGGACUGGCUAAUUCUACCUAUCUGUUGGACCGCCGUGUUGGAUGCGUCUUGCUCAUGCUUGAAAGAGUAUCUUCUGUCGACGGAUGGAAUGUCAUCUUUAGAUUUUUCAAGCAUGGCAAAGGCAGGGUAGGUUUAAUUUAAUGGAUGUGUGAACCCGGGUCUUUCUUUGGGUCUAUUCUAAAAGUGGCUAGCUCCAAACAGGUUCUGAUUCUCUAGGAUUUUGGGUUUAGGGUUCCUUGUUUCAGUGGCUUUUAUAUUCAUAUUUUGGUGUUUUUUUUAAUUUUAUUUUUGUGUUUUCUUUUUUCUUCUUUGGCUAUUUCCUGUCUUGUAAAAUCUAGAGCUACUUUGCUGCAGAGCAACUUUGCUUUUGUAUUUGUAAGAGAGCUAGAAUCAAGGUGGGAAAAUAUUGCAAUAUAUAGUUGGGAGUUCA